AUGUUCUCCUGGCCGAUUCCGGCCACGGCGGCCAAUCUCAUUGAGACUAGCCAACUGCGCAGAAGAUAUUAUAGUGCUCAAGUGUACGCGCAGACACAGGUGUACUCUCUUUUCCUAUCUUCGUCGUCGUCGUCUUAUUAUAUGUGGGACGACUGUUCGACACGACCGGUGAGAGUUAAGUCGCAGGACCGACAGCUUUACGUGCUCUUCGAGGCACGAGGG